ACAGGCAGCUGGGCUCGUAGACAGGUAACUGCUCCCCUACCAAGCCUAAUCCCUGAUCACCAAAACCUCUCACCCUCAAUUCUGGUUAGCAUUUCCAUUUCAGCAACAAGCUCAAAAGCAACAAAAGAACCCACAUUGCCUUAGCACCUCCAAAUUAAGAAUCACCAUGAACUUGAACAAAUCCAAGCUUCAGGAGAUGUGCCAAGCCAGAGGUUGGACCUUCCCCAAGUACAGCAGCAACCAGCAAGGCCCACCUCACCGACCUCGCUUCUCAGCCUCUGUGCUCGUCCAUGGCUUCACCUUCAACACUAAAACUAUGCUGACCUCUAAGAAAGAAGCCGAGUGCUGUGCUGCUGGGUUGGCCUUAGAUUACUUCGAUGAAAACCCACAACCACCCCAGCCCAAACGCACCAAGUGUUUCUCUUUCCCGGCUCAGCCUUCUCAUAUAGCUCCACCUUCAUCACCAGGUUUGCCGUAUCUCACAUACAAGGAGAAAGAGAUAUGGAAUGAGACAACUAGCACAGAGGGAAAGAAGGACACUUAUGAACUGGAGCUAAUGUUGGCAGAAGAGAGAAAGCUAUGGCAGAGAGAAAAGCAUCAGCUUCAACUAAAGAACAUUGAAUUGGAGAAUCAGAUUGAUAUGAAAAAGAAUGAGCUGGAGCACUGCUGCAAGGAGCUACAGCAUAUGAAUGAGAGAGAAGAAUCAGAGCAGAAGAAAGCAGAAAAUCUGAUAGCGCUUGCAGAAAAGAGAAAGAGAGAAAAUGAGAAGCUUCACUCAGAAAUAAUUGAAUUGAAAGACCAGCUCCAAGCCAAACAGGCAGUGAAUGAGGAUUUUGAGGCCCAGAAGAAUGUUAAAGCACUUGAACAAAUGUUAAAGGAGAAGGAGCAGGAGCUUACUGAUCUGUCAGAAUUUUACAAUGCACUGAUUUUCAAGGAGAGGAGCAAUAAUGAUGAGCUACAGGGGGCCCGUAAAGAGUUAAUUGAUAGUCCCGGAGGCGUUCCCUUCAGAUCGGAGCAUCAUCUUCGGAAGAGACAUCCACUUCUGUUCACACUGGUGAACUGAUAUCAUACUUGAAGGAGAAGUUGAAAACAAGUCAACAGUACUUCUGUAUGGAGGUGGGGCAAUCGUCGCUGUGUGGCUGUCUUCAAUACUUGUUGGUGCCGUCUAUUCAGUUUUAUUUCUUAAAAAACCACAAGGCUUUAGAUUCUUCAAUUUUAUUUCAUCAGAAAUGAUGAAUGCCUUUACACUUAAUUGAUUUGAUUCUGCAUUAUAGAUUUUCUGAACGUUUGUUUUUCUUACGCUAAAUAUCAAUCAACGCACUCUGAAUUGAUUGAUUCUCUGCUGCCUCAGCUUCCGAAGGUCCUGGAGUUGGUAGGGCUAGGAUAUACUGGUUGGUUCGUCUACCGUUACCUACUCUUCAAGUAGAGCAGAAAAGAACUAGCUACAGACAUAUAUUGAUGCGUUGAAGAGGAAGACCGCUGGAACCGAAUAGAUCCUGUGAUUGGCUGGCAAAAGCCAAGCGUAUUAUCUUAGCCGUCAUCUCAUAGUGGUUCUAUAUCUCCACUGUAAGAGGCAUUUGUAUCGUGUAAUGUAAAAUAGGUGUUCUUUUGAUGAUUGUUUGUUAGUCCUGUAUUCCCCAUACUCACCUUUGAAAUAAGAUUUGACAAUUUUAUGUCGAUGUGUAUGUUGGAAGUGGUACUUGAUCUUGAGAGAUGCAAGAGCAUAUCUGCAUUAUCUGAAGAU